AUGGAGCGGAAAGGUGAGCGGUGGAGCGGCCUCCGCCACGAGGGGCAACGGCCGCCGGGGCGAGGCCCGGGUCAGCGCCGGGAGCCUCGCCCAACCGCCGCGGUCCGGUCCUCGGGCGUGCGGCGCCCUUCCUCUGAGGUGGCGCCGACCCCCACCCCCAGUCUCCGGGCUGCGGGUCCGCGCCCCUCAGCCCGGGCGUUCUCCGGCGCUGGCGGUCACCGCCCCUCGUUCCCCGCCAGGCCGUCUCGCGCCUUGGGGCCACUCCUGAGCCCGACCCUGGGCGGGCGAGGCCGAGUCCCGCCCGCCCGCUCCCAGAUCCGGCCCGAGCCCCCUCGGGCGCAUCCCGCCCGGGCGCUGCGGUGCGCCCCGUGGGCCGCCAGUCCCCGGGCCGGCCGCCUAGCCAAAGCCGCGGCGCUCGCCCCGCAGCCGCCCCUCAGACAGGCCCUGCAACCGUGCCUGGCGCCCCUGCUAGGUCUCCACCCUCACCUUGGUCGCCUCUUUUUCUCCACAUUCGCCCUUCACCCAUCCCUCUCUCCUGCAGUGCUUGCGCUCCAGGCCCGAAAGAAAAGGACCAAGGCCAAGAAGGACAAAGCCCAAAGGAAAUCUGAAACUCAACACCGAGGCUCUGCUCCCCAUUCUGAGAGUGAUAUACCAGAGCAGGAAGAGGAGAUUCUAGGAUCUGAUGAUGAUGAGCAGGAAGACCCUAAUGAUUAUUGUAAAGGAGGUUAUCAUCUUGUGAAAAUCGGAGAUCUGUUCAAUGGGAGAUAUCAUGUAAUCCGAAAGUUAGGCUGGGGACAUUUCUCAACAGUGUGGUUAUCAUGGGAUAUUCAAGGGAAGAAGUUUGUGGCAAUGAAAGUAGUUAAAAGUGCUGAACAUUAUACUGAAACAGCUCUAGAUGAAAUCCGGUUGCUGAAAUCAGUUCGCAAUUCAGAUCCUAAUGAUCCAAAUAGAGAAAUGGUUGUUCAACUACUGGAUGACUUUAAAAUAUCAGGAGUUAAUGGAACACAUAUCUGCAUGGUGUUUGAAGUUUUGGGACAUCAUCUGCUCAAGUGGAUCAUCAAGUCCAAUUAUCAGGGGCUUCCACUGCCUUGUGUCAAAAAAAUCAUUCAGCAAGUGUUACAGGGUCUGGAUUAUUUACAUACAAAGUGCCGAAUCAUCCACACUGACAUUAAACCGGAAAACAUCUUGUUGUCAGUGAAUGAGCAGUACAUUCGGAGGCUGGCCGCAGAAGCAACGGAAUGGCAGCGAUCUGGAGCUCCUCCACCUUCAGGAUCUGCAGUCAGUACUGCUCCCCAACCUAAACCAGCUGACAAAAUGUCAAAGAAUAAGAAGAAGAAAUUGAAGAAGAAGCAGAAGCGCCAGGCAGAAUUACUAGAGAAGCGAAUGCAGGAAAUUGAGGAAAUGGAGAAAGAGUCGGGCCCUGGGCAAAAAAGACCUAACAAGCAAGAAGAUUCAGAGAGUCCUGUUGAAAGACCCUUGAAAGAGAACCCAUCUAAUAAAAUGACCCAAGAAAAACUUGAAGAGUCAAGUUCCAUUGGCCAGGAUCAGACACUUAUGGAACCUGGUGUAGAGGGUGGUGCAGCAGAAAUUAAUUGCAAUGGAAUAAUUGAAAUCAUAAAUUAUACUGAGAACAGUAAUAAAGAAACAUUGAGGCUUAAAGAGGAUCUGCAUAAUGCUAAUGACUGUGGUGUCCAAAAUUUGAAGCAGGAACCUAGUCUCCUAAGCUCCCAAAAUGGAGACAGCAGCACAAAUGAAGAAACAGACUCUUGUACACCUGUAACUUCUGAGGUGUCAGAUACCAUGGUGUGCCAGUCUUCCUCUAAUGUAGACCAGUCAUUUGGUGAACAGGACAUCAGCCAACUUCAAGAAAGCAUUCGGGCGGAGAUACCUUGUGAAGAUGAGCAAGAGCAGGAACAUAAUGGACCACUGGACAAUAAAGGAAAAUCCACUGCUGGAAAUUUCCUCGUUAAUCCCCUUGAGCCAAAAAAUGCAGAAAAACUCAAAGUGAAGAUUGCUGAUCUUGGAAACGCCUGUUGGGUGCACAAACAUUUUACUGAAGACAUUCAAACAAGGCAAUAUCGCUCCCUGGAAGUUCUGAUAGGAUCUGGCUAUAAUACUCCUGCUGAUAUUUGGAGCACAGCAUGCAUGGCCUUUGAACUGGCCACAGGUGACUAUUUGUUUGAACCUCAUUCAGGGGAAGAGUACACUCGAGAUGAAGAUCACAUUGCAUUGAUCAUAGAACUCCUGGGGAAGGUGCCUCGCAAGCUCAUUGUGGCAGGAAAAUAUUCCAAGGAAUUUUUCACCAAAAAAGGUGACCUGAAACACAUCACGAAGCUGAAACCCUGGGGCCUUUUUGAAGUUCUAGUGGAGAAGUAUGAGUGGUCUCAGGAAGAGGCAGCUGGCUUCACAGAUUUCUUACUGCCCAUGUUGGAGCUCAUCCCUGAGAAGAGAGCCACUGCUGCCGAGUGUCUCCGGCAUCCUUGGCUCAACUCCUAAGUCCCUGCCCAGCACUGCAGCAGAGAUCACCACACUGACCACCCCCCACCCACUCCCUUCCAAGCAUUUCCCUCUUCUCUUUUCAGGGCAAAGCUCUUUCUUCAAGGGUUUCUAGAUUUUUCUUCGUCUUUUUUUAUUCUUUAAUCCAACAUGUUCAUUUGGGUUUGCUCACUUGAACCUGUGGAGGUCCCCACAGCCAUUCCGCAUCCUAGGUGAAUUUGGCCUUGGUAGGGCUCUGCCAAAGACUAAUGGACUAAAAAUGUGAAACAGCCUCUUGGCCUAUACCUUUGCCUUUCCAUUAGAGCAUCCUUCAAAUUAUAAUAACCCUUUUUAAAAAGAGCCUUUAAGAUAUAUGAGCCCAUCUCUUUAUUCAUGGACUCUACGAGUCAAAUUUUCUAGUGAAUAUCCUAUUGUCAGCAUAAGGAUGAGGAGGGAAAGGGUGUUCAUUCUGUGUACAGCAGAGACAUUAAACUUGCUGUAUCCAGGCUGCAUCAUCUACCUGGAUUGUUUCUGUUGUUUUCCAUGUUAUUUUUCCUGCGACUUUUAAUCUACUACCUUUUUAAAUGAGCUGUAUAAACACCAAAUUUGGGUACCAUAUUAUCACGAUUCAAAGCACUGUCAUAUUCCUUUCAUCCUUUAAUAACUCCAAGAUCCUCAAAUCUUCUGAUUUUUAAAUGUAAACAGAAAUGGAACCAUUGUGUUAACAAUUUCUUGAAAACCUCAGAUGUUCUGCAAGUAGCCCUUUCCUAUGUGUCUUCUGUUACCCUAAGAGCAGAAUUUACUUUGAUUGGCAGUUAACAUUUUUGGGUUUGGUUGGUGUGUUUGGUUUUUUUUUUUUUUUUUUUUUUUAAUUCCUAUCUGGCACCUGACUCAUUGUACUUGAGUUUAUUGUUUCUAGAGUCAGGGUGACUCUAGAAACAAGAUCUGAGUUUCAGAGCUUUCCCAUUUAAAGAGAAAAUGCCUUAGAGUUCUGAUUCUUUACCAAAUAGUUCUCUGCUUUUAUUUAUAGCUUUUUCUUUACCUUGCCCAAAGUUCUGGCUUUGAGCAGUUUCCCUGUGUCUUUGCUGUUCUCGUUUCUCAGAUGCUUGGGGUCUCUAAUGAAACCCUGGAGGAAGGAACCAAGGGGAAGGGUGGGAUGACACUUUUUCAAUGGCUUUUUUUUUCCCCCUGUUGGUUUUUUAAGAUUAACCAUUCUCUGCUGCUAUUUCCUUGCAUAAUGUAAGUUUUUAACUGCGAUUUUGAGAUGAUUGAAAUGUACUUGAGGCUUUUUUUUUCCUCCCCUCAAUUUGAAAAGGCUUUGUGAAUUUUAUUUUAGGAUUGACCUCUCCUAGACAUGCCCUAAACAUCACAUAUUCCUUGGGUAAUAUGAGCAGCAAAAGAGGGAGGAUUGGGGUCAAGCCACUUACUCAGCAUGGACCAAGUAGGCCUUGGGGAUUACAGCAUUCUCCAGAAGUGGCUUUAGAACUCUAAUUUGCAGAAAGUCAAGGAGGUGCAACUCAAGGCUCUACUAGCAAGCAACCUAUGAAAAUGUCGGACAUCCACCUUUUUAUAUGGAAGAUUGUUUCAGUCAUUUACUCACCAACAAUGACAAAGGAAAAAAUGUCAUUAUGCAAUCCAUUUAACCCAUAACCAUAUUACUCUGAGGAACUAUCCAGCUACUCAUCGGAUCCUUGAUUGGUUACUCCUGAAAUCAGACAUGUUCCUGUAGAAAGAAUUUAAGUCAUGUCUAUGCACAUAUCAAGAAUAAAGAACUUGUAUCAAACAACGGCAGGGAAAUCCUUCAGCAGUUCUAAUCCACUUUCGGUUUUCAGCUAUAUUUACAUCUAAAGCAAUAGCAGACUUACCUGAAAUCUCUUCUACGUUGUAAAAUCAAUUGUGGAAUUCAGGUGAAAUAACCAAAAAACACGUAAGCGAAACAGAAGGCCCCUUUUUAACAAUUGAUGGGAAAUUUUAAUAGGAGAAAGAACAUGUAACUUUGUAAAUGUUUCCCAGCAAAUAAGGGCUUUUCCCCCCCCCUACUAUUUAAAGAGCCAGAUAAAUUAGAAGAUCUGGAAAGUGGCAGCUGCAGAACUUGAUCUUCUAAGUACUUCACGAACUUUUAUUGAGCUUAAUCAUAAUACUGUCAAAUUACUAUGAUCCCAGGAAAGGAUUUCUAUUUGCUGUUAAAAAUAAAGCCCUGAUACAUUUUUAUUCUUUCUACUGAGUGCAUUGUCUGUUUUCUUAAUAAAUGCAGUACAAUAAACAAAUUAUUUAAUAACCUA